AUGCUUGUUAGUUGUAGCGAGAUAUUAAGUAAUAAGGAUGAUACAGAAGAUUUAGCUUUUUCAUCAACAAGUAUUCAAAAAAAUACAACCAAGGCACAUCCUCUAGUAAAAUGUAAAUAUUGCCCUAAAAAAUAUAGACAUGGACUUGCAACUCCAUUUGAAGCCAACAGUUUAACAAUUUCAACAACAUAUUCUCAAUUUAAUACAAUUUUAACUGAAGUUCAAAAGCAAAAAAAUAAUAACAAAUCUGCUUGUUUAUCAACAUUUGCAAACUUUAUUUCUUUAAAGUAUCCUAGUAAAGAUGCAACAAGAAUAUUUGCAGAAUUAUCAAAAUUUUAUAACAAACAAACGCUAUAUAAUAAUAAGCUUAUUUGGAAUUCAGCUGCUUAUAUUGAUCUUUCAACUUGGUGGUCUUUAUCAGAACUUCAAAAACUUGCAAUUCGUAUUUUAUCAAUUCCAACUUCAUCUGCUUUUGCAGAAUGUAAUUAUUCUAAUUUUGGAUUUAUUUAUUCAAAACUUAGAAAUCAUUUAAAAAAUAACCAGGUAAAAAAAUUAGUCUAUAUUUAUAGUAACUUGAGAAUGUAUUAUACAACAAUAGAACAAAUUAUUAAAAGUAAUGAAAAUAAAAAUAUCGAUUUAGUUUUAAAUAAUGAAAUUGAAAAUUAUAAAAAUAUUGAAAAUGUAUUAACAGAUUUGAAUUUAAAUAAUGAUAUGAUUAUUUAA